UCCGUCUCUUCCCCCUUCUCGUCCUCAAAUACAACACUACGCCUGUUCGCUUCUCCCCCCGUCUUCGCGCGAUACCUCUCGCUGCGGUCGUCCUUUUCUCCACCCCUCGUGCACAGCCAAACCUUGCGACCUACUUCCACGAAAUGGCACCCGUAACUAACGGAGCAGGCGCGAUGGUCGUCGACGGCUUCAUCCCCAAGAGCUCUAGAAUGCACUCCAAAGUGGUGAUCAUCGGUUCUGGCCCCGCAGGGCACACAGCAGCCAUCUAUCUCGCGCGCGCGAAUCUUAGCCCUGUCCUUUUCGAAGGCUUCAUGGCGAACGGCUUCGCAGCCGGCGGCCAACUGACCACCACCACCGAUGUCGAAAACUUCCCAGGGUUCCCCACGGGUGUGCUCGGCCCCGAGCUCAUGGAUAAAUUCCGCGCGCAAUCGCUGCGGUUCGGGACGCGCAUCAUCACCGAGACAGUGUCCAAGAUCGACCUGAGCCGGCGGCCCUUCCGUUACUGGCGCGAGUAUCAAGAGAACGAGGAACCGGAGACGGCAGACACAAUCAUCAUCGCGACCGGUGCUAGCGCAAAACGCCUCGGGCUCAAGGGCGAAGAGACUUACUGGCAGAGCGGGAUCAGCGCCUGCGCCGUCUGUGACGGUGCGGUACCCAUUUUCCGGAAUAAGCCGCUCGCCGUCAUUGGUGGCGGUGAUUCUGCCGCAGAGGAAGCUACUUAUUUAACCAAGUACGGUUCACACGUGUAUGUCCUCGUUCGCCGUAACGAGCUCCGCGCCUCGAAAAUCAUGGCCAAACGGGUUCUGAACAACCCCAAGAUUACCGUGCUUUGGAACACGGUCGCGGUCGAAUGCCAAGGCGACGGCGAUUUGCUGAACAACCUCCGCAUUAAGAACACGACGACAGGCGUCGAGUCUGACCUCGCCGUCAAUGGGCUCUUCUACGCCAUCGGCCACGAACCCGCCACCUCGCUCGUGCGUGAUCAGCUCCAAACUGACGCGGACGGCUACAUCAUCACCGUGCCGGGUACAACACAAACGUCGGUGUAUGGCGUGUUCGCGGCUGGCGAUGUGCAAGACAAGCGGUACCGUCAGGCGAUCACCAGUGCAGGGAGCGGUUGCAUGGCCGCACUCGAGGUGGAGAAGCUUAUCGCUGAGGAAGAGGAAAUUGGCGAGUAACGAGCAGAUGCAUGGGUCCGUGUUUGUUUGUCGUGAUCACGAUCGCAGCGUUGGGUCUGGUUCUUGUUUUCUCGUCCCCCUCUGUAUGUUCGUUUCACUUCCGUUGUUUACGGAGGAACUUCUAAGUUGACUAGUAGAAUGUAUCGAGAGGAGUACGAUAGGUCCGCUUUACCCAUGAUUUGAACCAUGUGGCCAGAGACUA